GUAACCCACUGCCUCUGUUUAUUUUCUCGGGCCAGCAAUUGCCAAGUGCAGCUGCGUGCGAAGGAAUUCGAGAGAGAGAGAGAGAGAGAGAGAGAGGUGCAUAGCAGGAAUUCUUAGAAAUGGCAGCAGUGGGGCGUUGUACGGCACUCUCCUCCCGAAGGAUAUGUUUCAGCAAAUUCUGGACAUCUUGGUUGGUAGUUGACAUUCAUCAAGGAAGAAUCAUACCAGGAAAACCACUUCGUCGAAGAAAUUUUGGUAUUAAGGCAGAAGUAAAUUAUGUGAAUGCAGAAGAAGCAAAGAGACUUAUUGCAGUUGAAGGAUAUUCUAUUCUAGAUGUGCGAGACAAAUCUCAAUAUGGUCGAGCCCAUAUAAAAUCAUGUUACCAUGUGCCUCUUUUUAUUGAAAAUCAAGACAAUGACCUUGGAACAAUUAUAAAGAGGACUGUGCACAACAAUUUUUCUGGUUUGUUCUUUGGCUUGCUCUUCACUAAACCCAAUCCAGAUUUUGUGCCGUCUGUCAAGAGCCAGCUCUCACCCGAAAGUAAAGUACUACUGGUAUGCCAGGAAGGAUUAAGGUCUGCUGCAGCUGCUAACAAGUUAGAGCAAGCUGGUUACCAAAACAUAGCAUGUGUAACAUCAGGCCUUCAAUCGGUAAAACCAGGAACAUUUGAUUCUGUUGGUCCCGCCGAGUUGCAAAAUGCUGGCAAAGCUGGUCUGGUUACAAUUCAAGGCAAGAUCUCAGCUGUGCUCGGAACCGUACUUAUCUGUGCAUUUAUUUUCAUUACCUUCUUCCCGGAGCAAGCAGAAAAGCUACUUCAAAUGGCCCCUGCCAGCUAGCCCUUAGAGCUCCCUAGAAUUUUGCAGCGGCUGUUUAUUCUUUGUAUGGUCUAAGGAACUGAAAUGGCCUGAAGAAAUUGAGAUGUCUGAACGUAUUAAACAUAAGAAAAACUAAUAGAAUGGAGCGAGGAAGCCUGUGAAUAUAUGAACUCUGUACGUUGUAAUUUUUCUCACCCAGUUAAAGAGCAUGCUUCAUUCAGAAUUCUAAUAUUUGCGAUUUCAUUCCUUCUUGGAUCAAUGAUUUGGUCAGAGAGAAGGAAAUAUAAAAGAAGGAAAUCAGUUCUUUAUUGCAA